CUCUCUUACAGCACCACAGCUAAGUGUCUGUAUAUAUGUGUGGUGUGUGUGUGUGUGUGUGUGUGUGUGUGUGUGUGUGUGUGUGUGUGUGUGUGUGUGUGUGUGUGUGUGUGUGUGAUUUUGUGACGUCUUAAGGGGACAUUAUCGCCACCACAGUGCAAUCGAUAUCUGUGUUUUCUAGGUUCCUUUUUAAGGACCAGAAGUGAGAUAAUGGGAUUGGAGCACAUGCUGAAAUGCUAUGAUUUUUUAGAAUCAUCCCUCAAGUGGGUUUUAUUCAAGUGUGCUGUGACCAGAGACAGACUGGACAUGUGGCAGUGCUAGCUGGCUAAUCUCUGACUGGUAUUUUUGAGUGGAAACAUGAGUGAGCUUCCUCCAUCUGCUCUCACCUUGAAACCCCAAGAUGGGGUCCACCAAAGCAUGUGUCUACAGUUGCAGAACAACGAUUUCCUCAAAUCCUCAUCAACAUCAUCAUCAUCAUCAUCAUCACCGGACUCCACAUAUAGUCUUAGUAGCAUGGAUGUGGAGCUGCCAGAAGGGAUAAUGGGAAGCAAAGCAGCCACUAGCGAAGAUGACUCAGGGAUCCAGAGCCCGGAUUAUAGACCGGAUGACAACGAGAACUCUGUGUCUGUUUACUUAGAUGCCAAUGAAGAAGGCCGAUAUCCUGAAUGUGAUGACCAAGAGAACGUCACAACAAAUCAAAAUCCUGACAACAUCUUCAGCAAUGCUGCUGCUGUUGAUUUAGAACAAGUAAGAAGAGGCUCAGGUGACUCUUCAGCUACAGAAGCACAGCUGUUCACUGAGAAUGAGGAAGGUGAGGAUGAAGAUGAGGAUUCUUUUCUGUCUCUGAAGUCUGUUGAUGUAUUAAUGAAGAAGCAAAGUGAACCUGAGAGAGUCCAGAUGUUCAAAAAAGACUGUGUGGGCCCUGUUUCUCAUCUCCAUCAGGAGGUGUUUCAGGAUGCAGAUGAUCCUCCCGAAGACAAAGGCCAGAUGUCCAACUCAGCUAUGAGGACCCAUGUGGGCUUUGUAAGUGAGUUCCACCAGACCUUUCAGGAGUCAUUGGAUUAUCCAAAUGAGGUGGGAUACAUGUGCAGCUCUACCUCAAGGACCAGUGUGGCCUCGGUUAAUGAGGUUCAUCAGGAGGCAUUUCAGGAUUCAGAGGAUCCUCCCGAAGACAUAGGCCAGAUGCAUUGUCCAAACAGGAGACUUGAUGUGGAAUCUGUGUGUCUGGAGGCACUUCAGGAGUCACUGGAGUUUAACAGUGAGGAGAUCCAGAUUCAAACCUCAGCCAAGAGACACAGUGUGGAUCUUUUGAGCAAGAUCUACCAGGAGUAUGUGCAGACAAAUACUGAUCUUUUUACUGACAAAUCUCCAUCUCACCCACCUGCAGAAUCAAUCAAUCAGACAACGUCACCUUCGGUUUCCAAAGCUGCUCAUCCAUCUACAACCAUCCAGAACAUCACUGAUACUACAUGUUGUACAAAAAGAAACCUCCCAAUGAAUGCCAAUGAUCCUCUGGAUCCAUCUCAAACCAGGUCUCCUGUGGACCCUCCUAAAUUCAAAUCAACCAAAAUGGAGGUAAAACGGUAUUCUGGACCUAAUCUGAAGGACAUCAAGCCUAAAGUCAUCUCGAGGGCUUCUUCUGCUUCAAGACCAGCGAAUCCUGAUCACAGCCAAUCACAGCCAAGAAGCAGAGUUGCCAAUAGGAAAGAGCAAAGUCAUGAUGUAUUCAAGAAACGUGCAUCCUCUACUCAGGCAAGAACAUCCACCCCCCUAAGAAUUUCAGAUUCUGAUAGCAAACCUACAUGGCUGCCGUUGGACAAAAAGCAACCACCAGACUUCCUGGGGUCAAAGAUGGUCACAAACGAAGACCAUGUGCAGACUGCAAGUUUGAUGGCCUUUGAAACUUUGAGAGACGAGCGAGAGAGUCACAAAGAUGAAUUGGUAGUAAAGGAGAAUACCAGAGAUGGAGAUGUUGACCAGACUGUCUCGUCUGACCUUCGAACUACAGGAGUUGUAACAAGGGUCCCGAGCCGAGGGUGUGUGUCUGCAGGGGUCCGAGCAGCUUCACUGACUGGUGUUCCAAAGAUGAAAGUGAUUGACAGCAACACAGCCAUGUCUGGCUCCUCCCCUGGCUGGAAGCCUCCUCUAAAAUCAGCCUCCUCCAAACUGCCAAUCAAAAAUGGUAGCCUUCCCACAAGCCUCAGCUCCUCCUCAGUGGCCAGUGCAGCCAGUGAGAACAAAGGUGUUGCUCAGGUGAUGAAGAGUGAAGAGACAUGUGGUAGACCCUCACAGGGUAAAUCUUCCAGUACCAAACCUACAGCAGGCUUCCGCACCAAAGCAAACACACCCGUUAAACCAAACACUGCAGGCCAGAAGGCCACACACAUCAUUCAGGCCAAAACUACCCAGAAUGUCCUGCAACGAGGAGGAUCUGUCAGACCCAGCCAGAAUUCAGCGUCAGUGUGCCCGAGCUCCAGAGGGCCCCGGGGAACCCGACCGGUGCACACACACACUGAGAAAGAGGAAGAGAAGAAGAAUCGCUCGAUCCUCCAACUCCGCUCACUUGUUGCCCAUGGUAACCGCAGACUGGAGGCUCUUGCCAUUGUAGUGCAGCAAAUCUUCAAUGAGAGGGAAGAAGCUCUGAAACAGAAGACUGGGGUCUCCAUCCAACUGAAGAACCUCAGAGAGGAACUCUCUCAGUCAGUGGUUCGUUGUGAGCAGUUGGAGUGUGAGAAGGCGAGUGUGUGUGCUCAGCUGGACUCUGUGGUGUUGACGUUGCAGCAGCAGCACCAGGCCGAACUCGCUCAGCUGGAGGAGAGACUCAGGGACUUUUACUCAGCCGAAUGGGACAAAGCCCACCAGGUGUACCAGGAGGAGGCAGACCGCUGCACAGCGCUCAUGAGGCAGCAGGUAGAGGAGGUGAAGAGCAAACAGGAAGCACUGAGGACAGAACAGGAAGUGGCACACAGCCGGCAGAUAGAGGAGCUGAGACAAGGAUAUGAAACCAUGUUAGCAGAACUGCAUAAGAGCCACAAGAGAGACAGACAGGAGCUGGACAACACACACAAAAGCUCUGAGGCUGCACUCGACGAGAGGAUUAUGAGUCUGAUGAAGGAGAACGAGACUUUGAGCGAGCGACUGAGAGAGACAGAGAACAAAAGGAAAGCACUCGCUGACAGAAGCCAGAGAGACUCUCGGGUUGUGUAUCUGGAGCAGGAACUGGAGAGUCUGAUGGUCGUUUUGGAUAUAAAAACUAAUCAGCUCCAUCAGCAGGACAAGAAACUGAUGCAGAUGGACAGGCUGAUCGAAUCCAACGUAAAACUGGAGGAGUUUGUAACAAAGCUUCAGCAGGAGAAUGAGGACUAUAAAGCUCGCAUGGACAAACAUGCAGAACUGUCCAGGCAGUUAUCCACAGAGCAGGCGAUGCUCCAGCAGACGCUGCAGAAAGAGUCCAAAGCCAAUAAAAGGCUUUCAAUGGAGAACGAGGAGCUGCUGUGGAAACUGCACAAUGGCAUUUCACCCCGAAACUCUGCAUCCUUUCCCAGCUCCCCUAUUUCACCUAGAUGACCUUUGACCUUGACCAUCUACAGACUUCUAAUCCUUCAUAAGUGUGACUUAUUUGGUUUUUAAAGACCUCACUUCUCUGUUUCCCAAAUUGCGGACGUUCUAGCGAGAACCUGUGUUUGGGACAGAGUCUACGCACAGACGCACUUCCAGACCGAGGAACAUGCCUUGCUCUGACACCUCACUUUCCUGUCUAUUUUUUUAUUAUUUUUAAGGAGGAAACACACCUCAGGGUUUGUAUAUAGACUCUUUCUGCUCCUUGCUACACCGUGGAUUUUUGCAUUUCACUUUAAUUUCCAAAAUGUAGGAAGACAUGAAGCUUAAAUAUGCUUGAAAUGUAAACAACACAUAACACUGAAGACGUUUCACUAAAGUCAGUCUGAGACUCAUUCAGAAGAAAACUGAGAUAUAUUUAAACAAAAACUUGUGCAUAUUAAUUAUAUAAACUGGAUGUUAUUUCCUUUUUAUGAACCCAGGUACUAAUCCAUGUUCUAAACAAUAUCGCAUGCACAGAACCCCAGUAACAAUCUGAUCUUCUGCUACACAUCUCGAAUGUUUUGGUCUUUCCCUAAGAUGGCUUACCUUAAUGAUUCCUACUGGAAAGUGUUAUUAGUGAAAGUCUUCAUCUCAAAUCCAAUGACUUUUACCAUCUUGCAUUUUAUUCAAUUAAUGCAUUAAACAUUAAACAUUAUCUGAACACUGA